GCGGCUCUGAGGUAAGCGCGUCUUUCUCUUUAAUUUACUUUAUUUUUAUUUUUAGUUAGUGUAGUUUGACCAAUCACUAACAUCUAACUACGGCAAUACCAACCUAAACUGAUAAAUCCUAACUGGACAAAUCCUGGCAACGCAUUUCCUUGUCCCAUGGAUCGCUUAGUUCCAUUCCCUGGCCAUGACAAGAAGGAAGAGAAGAUGUGAAGACAACUUCUGGACGCUCUGAGCCCAAGAGGCUAUGCGCCCUACACCAAAACAACAACAACAGCGCGUGGUGAACACUCUUGCUUCAGAUUUCUUGCGGGGAGGACGUGGCAAGAACAGCUGAUUGACUUUCUAGUGGUGACGUGGCGGUGGAAGACAUCUUGGAUUUUUGAGUUUUUGGUUUCAGUUUUGUUUAAUUUCAAUUCGUUCAUCAUUUAUAAAAUCCCAGUGCAAAACGCUUGUCCCAGCUCGUAGAUCCUGCCAGAAGAAGCCAUGGACUCAGGUGGCGGGGAUCAGCAGCAGUUGGUGGCUGAGGGCGUUCCCUCUGUGGCUGCGGCAGCUGUACUUGUCUCCAGCACUCCCCUGCCAGAAGACACACCUGUGGUCAAAGGUUAUGAUUUCAACGAGGGCAUUGACUAUCACAAGCUCUUUGAAACAUACAAGAACAGCGGAUUCCAAGCAACGAAUUUCGGUUUGGCUGUUGAGGAAAUCAAUAAGAUGCUGACGGCCCGCGACCAGCCGCUGGCCGAGGAGGACGCGCUCAGUGAGGACGAGUUCACCCGACGCCGCUCCGCCUGCACCGUGUUCCUCGGAUACACGUCCAAUAUGGCGUCGGCGGGCGUGCGCGACACGAUCCGCUUCCUGGUGCAGCACCGCAUGGUGGACUGUGUGGUGACCACGGCCGGCGGUGUGGAGGAGGACAUCAUCAAAUGUCUGGCGCCGACAUACGUGGGCUCGUUCGAACUGGACGGCGCGUCACUGCGUAAACGGGGUAUCAACCGGAUCGGAAACCUGCUGGUUCCUAACGACAACUACUGCAAAUUCGAGGACUGGGUGAUGCCCAUUCUGGACAAGAUGGUCGUUGAGCAGGCUGAACAGGGCACGCUGUGGUCGCCGUCCCGGAUCACGGCCCGUCUCGGUGAGGAGAUCGCCGACCCGAGCUCGGUGCUCUACUGGGCCGCCCGCAACAGAAUCCCCGUGUUCAGCCCGGCGCUGACCGACGGCAGCCUCGGCGACAUGAUGUUCUUCCACUCGUACAAGCGGCCCGGACUGGUGGUCGACAUCCUGUCCGACCUGCGUCGGCUGAACUCGAUGGCGAUUAAGGCCCAGAGCACGGGCAUGGUGAUCAUCGGCGGCGGACUGGUCAAACAUCACAUCUGCAACGCUAACCUCAUGCGGAACGGCGCCGACUACUCGGUGUUUCUGAACACGGCCGCCGAGUUUGACGGCAGCGACUCGGGCGCGCGGCCCGACGAGGCCGUCUCCUGGGGAAAGAUUCGACCGGCCGCCAAAGCCGUCAAGAUCUGUGCCGAGGCGUCGCUGGUGUUUCCCCUGUUGGUUGGCGAGACGUUCGCGAGGCACCACUUCAGCCGAACGGGAGAGCGGCGGGACGGUGCGGCGGCAGCAAACGGGCCGGCGCCCUAACCACAGGCGGGCCGGCGUCUAACCACAGACGGAGGGCGCCCUAACCACAGACGGAGGGCGUCCUUACCACAGACGAAAGGCGCCCUAACCACAGGCAGAAGGCGCCCUAACCACAGUCUGGGAGGGGCCCUAACCACAGACGGGAUGGUGCGGCGGCAGCAAACGGGCUGGCGCCCUAGCUCCCGCCUCAGGCCCGGUACUACAGUGACUGUCACUGCCGACGGUACGGUACUAAAGGUCCGGUGUUGUAGGGUUGAUCGGGUACUGCCGAAGGUCCGGUGCUGGCCAUCGUCCAAUGCUGACUUCUCGGUGUGUAGUGUUGAUCCGGUGCCGCCGGAGGGUUCACUGCUGCCAACGGUCCGUAAGUGUAGCAUCGGUACGGUCAGUUAUGGGUCCCAUUAUCACGUCUGUGGAAUAUGCGGGCGUGGUAUCCACCACUAUUGCUGGUGCCCUUAUGACUCCUCAGCCCGGCUAUUUGCCGUUUAACGACACUGAAAUGGGAAGUGGUUACGUCGGCGUUUUAUUGCAGCUGUGCGGUGUGAAUUAUGUGAUCGUUAUGCUGGUCAUUGCACUGACAAUGUUAACGGCCGCAUUUAGUGAGCGUUUCACUCGCACUGUUACGCUGCCGCUGUGCACUGUGAUGAGACCAGUGUGCAUGACGUAGAACAGGGAACCUUGCGACCCGUGUUUUAAUUCCGCGGCGAGAAAACGGGUACCCAGGCCAUAGUUAACCCCCUUGGUUGUAUGACCCUCGAUUGGGCGUCUGUUGCUGUGCUGCCCAGCACUGUUGUGGUUGCAUGUAAAUUUGUAUGUGCCUUUACGGUUGUAUCUAACGACUGAGCUGCUAGUGUGACUGCUUACCUGUGAGUUAAGCCGGGAACUGUUGGUGAGGCCCGUGCGGGAGUCGUCCUAUUGAUCCUGUGCGGGUCCGUCCGCUAUGACCUGUCCGGCGGCCCAGGUCUGUGACCGAAGGUCGCACCGGCCGGCCGUGCGCCCGUGAUUCCGUUUCGCCAGACAUGCUCACUGCGUGCACGUAUGUGUGGCGUGACGAGCCGUGGGACCGUGACGGCGUCACGUCCGUCACACGUGGGACUGGGGAGAGUGUGUGUGAUGGGUCAGGUGGCGCAGUCUGUCGACUGCAGCUGACACCGUCCCCGGUCAGAUAGCGGAGGGGGGGGGGGAAUAAGUCAGUGAUACAAGGGAGUUGGUACCGAUUGCCAACCCGUCCCGGGCCGGAUGGUGGUUUGUGUGUGGGGGGGGGGGGGGGUGAACAGUCAGGUGGUACAGGGGCCGACUGCUGACCCCGCCCCAGAUCAGAUAGCGGGGGGGGUAUAAGUCACUGGUACAGGGGGUCUGCUGACUGCUGACCCCGCCCUAGGUCAGAUAGCGGGGGGGGGGGUAUAAGUUAGUGGUACAGGGGGUCUGCUGACUGCUGACCCCGCCCCAGGUCAGCGCGCGACGCUUUCUCGCCCCCGUAGACACUGUGAUGGGCGCGGACUGCUCAUGUGAGAGCUCAUUUGGCGCGGGUUAUAAGUCAGGUGUUUUGGACAGGUUUUGUUGACUGUUUAUAUUGUGAUGAUUUUGUUGAGGAAUGACGUGUUAUUCGAUAUUUGAAAUAAAUUUUGAAAGUCCGCGAGUUUUGUAAAGCA